AAGGCGUACAUGGGAUUAAAAAUAAUUUAAAAUAACAUGUGAUUAAUCAAAUUUAAAACUUUUAUAUAUUCCUUAUAAUUAUAACAUGGAAAAUAAAAUUCUUAUUCCUGAUAGAUUUGAGUUAGAAAGAAGAUUCACGCAAGUUUUGAACUCGAUGGAUCUGCCCCCCGACAAAGCACGUUUGUUAAAACAAUAUGACGACGAGAAGAAAUGGGAUUUGAUUUGCGAUCAGGAGAGAAUGGUUGCCAAAGAUCCUCCAAGCUUUUAUCUGGAAAAAUUAUCCGCCUUCAUGGAUCCCAAAGCGAGCAAAAUUCUUAAAAAACGUAAAAACCAACCCUGCCCAUCGUCAACUCAAGUUUUAAGGGACUUGGAAAUAUCUUUAAGGACAAACAAUAUCGAAUGGGUUAGAGAAUUUUUAAAUCAGCAAAACAGCGGAUUAGAUAUCUUAAUUCAAUAUUUGGGGCUAGCCAAUUCGGAAUUACAAAAAACGUUAACAUCCCAUCAUCAAUCCAACAACCAAAAUCAAUACUUUGACACUCAUUACGGUCAUCUCUAUAGAAAUAUGCCCCGUUAUACUCCACCAAUCGACUCUACUAUUAAUAAUUCACCUUAUCUUAAUGGAGUCAGCUCAAACAAAUCCAGCAAUUCUGAAAAAUCUAGCCCUAAUCAUGCGCAAAACGGGUUUACCCCACAUCAUUCGUCACCCGAAAUUGAGGGCAACUUACCCGAGAAUAAUAGAAAUUCUCACAAUUCUGUCAGAAAAAGUCAUCACAGCAGCGGUAGUGGAAAAGAUUCCAAACUUAACUGCAACGUCGAUUCAAUUUCGAAUUGCAACCAUCACUCUAACCACAGUUCAUCCGUUUCACCCUUAAACGCCAUCAUAAGCUCCCUCGUCAAUCUAACUUCUUCUAAUUCGAACAACACAUUGCCUCCCCACCAUUCUAAUCAGUGCACCCUUUUCAGUGAAGAUCCCUCCAACGAUGUGCACCUUUGCAUUAUGUGCCUUCGUGCUUUGAUGAAUAAUAAAUAUGGUUUCAAUCAAGUCAUCAGCCAUAAAGAGGCCAUAAAUUACAUCGCUUUGAGCUUAAUGCAUAAAAACUACAGAACCAAGGCACAAGUUUUGGAAUUGUUAGCUGCCGUAUGCUUAGUCAAAGGUGGUCACGAUAUUAUACUGGCGGCUUUCGAUUAUUUUAAAGAGGUUAGCAAAGAACAGCACAGGUUUCAGACUCUAAUGCAUUACUUCAAAAACUACACGGGGGAUUUCAACGUAGAUUUUAUGGUCGCGUGUAUGCAAUUCAUAAAUAUCGUGGUUCAUUCCGUAGAAAAUAUGAAUUACAGAGUAGCUCUUCAAUUCGCCUUCACCAAAAUUGGUCUCGAUGAUUAUUUGGAAAAAUUGAAGCAUACGGAAAGCGACCAGUUACAAGUGCAAAUAUCCGCUUACCUCGAUAACGUGUGCGAUGUUAGUGUGCUGAUGCAGGAAGCCGAAAUCAAAAAUUCUGCGCUCGAACAAGUGGCGGAUCUUCAAGAACAGCUAGAAAAUUUAAAUGAAAAAUUGGUGGAAACUGAAAAUCAAGCCAUGGCCCGAAUUGUUGAAAUGCAGACAUUUUUGGAAACGAUAACUAAAGAGAAAGACGAAAUCAAAAAAAUGUACGAAAAAGCUGAUUACGAAGCGAGCACUCUCAAAAAAAAUUUCAACGAUAAGGAAAGCGAUUACAUGCAAAGGCAAAGGGAGUUGGAUCAAAUUAUGCAUGAAUACCUAUUUCUCAAAGAACAAUUAGUCCACCGAGACGAUCCUUCAUCCCAACCUAAUGCCUUUUUAUCCCCAUCUUCUAAAUCACCAAACAACAACGAUUUCAAAAACUGCAAUCAAUUUAGCGUCGCGCUUCCCCCACCACCGCCGCCACCCCCGCCUCCUUUACCCUUCGAUGGCUCUAUAUCUUCCCAUUAUAAUCAUAUUUAUAAUAUGAAUAGCGGAUUUAUCAAUAAUUUGCCGACGGUGGCUAAUAUCAAUAACAACCUCGUUAAUAGCAAAGGCAACAUUUUGCAACACCAUCACCACCACGCUAUAGUACCCAAUAUACCGCCCAUUGGAAAAGGGCUAGAUAAUUCUUCAAACCCUAAUAACGAAACCAUGACUAUCAAAAGGAGAAUCGAAACCAAAUACCGAUUACCCAUGUUAAAUUGGAUGCCACUCAAGCCGCGUCAACUGAAAGGAACUAUUUUCAAUGACCUGGAAGAUGAAGCCUUAUUAAAUGUGAUAGAUUUUGACACAUUUGAAGAACUCUUCAAAUUGGGAUUGCAAAAGAAUGAUUUAUCCAAUCCUCUUAAUAAUUCGCAUCCCGCUAGGGAGAAAGAUGGAAAUCUGAAUAACAUAGAUUGCAACGGAAAUAAUUUGAUAAGUAAUGUGAACGGCAUUAUGAGUUAUAUGGGAUUCGGUAAAAAUAAAGGAAAAGAUCUAAAUACUGUAUUGGAAUCUACUAGGAUAAGAAAUCUGGCUAUCACGCGGAGACGCUUGGAAAUGGAAGAUAAUGAGAUAAUGAAGGCUAUUAAUAACCUGGAUCUCAAAGUGUUAGAUCUCGAAACUGUCGAUAUUUUGUUAAGAAUGCUACCGACCGAAAAUGAGAAAAAGGCUUACAAAACGUAUGAAUCAGAGGGAAAGCCAAUCACUAAGUUGACCCCCGAGGACAAAUUUUUGCAGCAACUGUGCAAAGUUGAAAGACUUCAUAACAAACUUUCCAUCAUGUCUUUCAUGGGGAAUUUCCACGAAACUGUUCAUCUAAUAACGCCGCAAAUUCAUUCAUUGAUCGUAGCAUCAAAGUCAAUAAGGAAUAGUGAAAAAUUGAAGAAAAUCUUCGAAAUUAUUUUAGCCUUCGGAAAUUACCUUAAUUCGUCUAGAAAGGGUGGAGUCUACGGUUUCAAAAUACAAUCUCUUGAUACACUUACCAUCCUGAAAGCCCCAUCAAAUAAAGAGACAAGCUUAUUGCAUUACAUAGUUCAUACCAUCAACUAUCAUUUCCCGAUUCUACUCACCUUCGACACCGAACUGAGAUACAUAGAAAAGGCAGUGGAUGCUUCCUUAGAAAACAUAAUGACCGAUGUCCACGAAUUAACUAAAGGCAUGGAGGAUACAACCAAAGAAUACAACGCUCGCAAGUCUAACCCGAUAAACCCAUCGACUAAUUCCAAAGAAACCUUGCUCAUCUUGGAAGAUUUCCUUAGUUGUUCCCAGGAUAAACUUAAUAAAGCUAAGGUGGAAGCCAAAUCGGCCGAGGAAUCUUAUUACGAGGUCGUUGAAUAUUUUGGAGAAACAUCUAAAGCCCUUCCUCCCAAUUCAUUUUUCCCGCUAUUUUUACGAUUUAUUAAACAAUUCAAGCAAGCUCAAUGUGAUAACGAAACGAAAAUGGAGGCUAAAAAGAUUAAGAAUGCAGGAGACAACAAUAACAAUAGUUUGCACAACGGCAAAUCUAUAAAUAACAAGUCACGCUUAAAGAACGAUCAACAGGGCAACAAUAUAAUAAUGAGCGAAUUGAAACGCAAACAGAACAACAAUAAGAUCGUAAUAACUCAUAACCCUAAUAUUGCCCAAAAAUCAGUGGAGAAUGGCAAUUUUGUCAGCAACGGUACAAAUGAAAAAGAAAUUUCAAAUGAAAAUGGGAUCAACUACUCUAAUCACGUUGCAUCUAAAACGCAACUAAUGAGCCAAGAUCAAGUUUACCACGGGGCCUUGGAAGAUAUUCUCACUGAUUUAAAAAAAGAACCAUUCCGCGCAUCUGACAAUAUUCCUAGAAAAUCUGCUAUUUAUAUGGCCCGAUAAUUAAAUCAAACCAAUUUUUUUUUGUUAUUUCGACAUCAAAAAUAAUCUAGCCAUUUAUAAAGAAUUAAUAAUAUAAUUAUAUUUGCAUACAAUGUAUUCUCAUUUAUUCUACUUACUCUGCUUUAUUAUAAAGUUGUAUUAUUUAUUUCAAACUAUCAACAAAAUUGAUUUCCUUCUUAUUGCUAUAAAUUAAGCUUUAAGUGUAAUGUAACGUUAGUUCUAACUUUAUCACCGUUUUUUUAAAAAAAAUAUUUGGAUAAUUCAUCAAUAUUUGUAAUACUAUAAUAGGGGCAACACAAAAUUAAUUUAGGUGUAUUUUUUCUUCUUUUCCAUUUUACAAAAUAUGUAUUAAAUGUCAUAAUUUAUAUAAGGAAUUAACUCUUGGAUAAUGUUGAGUACUUGAAAUAUUUUAUUGAUAUACUUGAGCAAUAUGUUUUUUUACCCUAAAUAUAAUAGAUAUUUAAAAGAUAAGGAUUGAGCUUUAUUUAUUUUUUUAAUGAUCAAUUUGUUUUAUAACAAAAUGUAAACAAUUAUAAUUAUCAAUUUUUAAUACGGUUCGGUUCUACAGCUUUAAAGCAAAAAUAUUUUUUAAAAAAUAUAUCGUUCGUAAAUCUAUAUUGUGAUUAUUAUUUUUUUUAUAUAUAUAAUUUUUAAAAAAAAU